UAGCCAAGAUUUAUCACUUAUAGCGGCACUGAGCAGAGCUGCACUCGACAUCGUCGCACAGCAUCCUAAACAGGCAGGCAGAAAGUUUACUGCUCUUUGGCUUCAUUCUCCUGGAGAAUCUGAUUAAUCAAAUCGCUUCACGUCUAUUUCCUAUGCUCUUUUGAGUAAAUGGCAUCAUCAGUUUUCACCAGGUCCCUAUUGGGUCACCGUUUGAUUCAAUCCACCUUCUCCUCCUCUCCCAAAACCCAAAUCUUUACCUCUCUCUUUAAUAAGAAACCCUUUCGCUUACAAGCUGAUCCUGUCUAUACAUCAUGUAAGACGUCUGGCUGGGCACCCAGAGUCAUGGCUUCUUCUGUGGUUGGUUUGAAAGCUCAUUUUUCUACACAAUCUUUUCCUACCAAUGAACCUGUUGUAUCUGUUGAUUGGCUCCAUGCGAAUCUUAGGGAGCCUGAUGUGAAGGUGUUGGAUGCAUCCUGGUACAUGCCAGAUGAAGAGAGGAAUCCAAUUCAAGAGUUUCAGGUUGCUCACAUUCCUGGUGCCCUUUUCUUUGAUGUAGAUGGGAUAUCAGAUCGAUCAACAAAGUUGCCACACAUGUUGCCCUCUGAAGAAGCUUUUGCAGCUGCAGUUUCUGCUCUUGGAAUUGAAAAUAAGGAUGGAUUAGUUGUUUAUGAUGGCAAGGGGAUUUUUAGUGCAGCUCGUGUCUGGUGGAUGUUCCGAGUAUUUGGGCAUAACAAAGUUUGGGUGUUAGAUGGAGGCCUCCCAAGAUGGCGGGCAUCAGGUUAUGAUGUAGAAUCUAGUGCUUCUGGUGAUGCCAUCUUGAAAGCAAGUGCUGCAAGUGAGGCGAUAGAGAAAGUAUAUCAAGGCCAGGCAGUAGGAGCAGUCACAUUUCAGACAAAGUUUCAGCCACAUCUUGUUUGGACUCUUGAGCAGGUUAAGGAAAACAUUGAGAACCAAUCUCACCAACACAUAGAUGCCCGUUCAAAGGCCAGGUUUGACGGAGCUGCACCAGAGCCUCGAAAGGGAAUAAGAAGCGGUCAUGUACCUGGCAGCAAGUGCAUUCCUUUUGCUCAUAUGUUAGAUGCUUCACAGACACUCUUACCAGCAGAUAAGCUUAGGAAACGAUUUGAUGAAGAAGGCAUCUCCAUGGAAGGCCCUGUUGUUACUUCAUGUGGGACUGGUGUAACUGCUUGUAUUCUUGCUUUGGGUCUGCAUCGACUUGGGAAGCAAGAUGUUGCAGUAUAUGAUGGAUCAUGGACAGAAUGGGGAGCUCAUCCUGAUACACCUGUAAACACUUAAUAAAUCUGGACGCUUGGCAGCAAUAUACUUGGCAUGACGUGUGCCUUGUGCAAGUCUCUGAUGACUACCAGAGUUUGUAUCAAGAAGAAUUGAAUGACAAUUGCCAUUUUAAAAAUUUAUCUUUGAGUUGCACUUCCUGUCCAAUAUGAAAAUUCAUCAUCAUAACCCCUUGUAACAGAAAACAUUAGCAUCAGAUUGAACAUAUCAAAAUGGGAGUUUGAUGGAGAAAGCUGAAAUAAAAACUGUAAGCUGGAAUUGAAGGAAGGCAUUUGGUUUAUAUUUAUGCUGUCGUUGAAAAUGAAAAUGAAUAGCACAAGUUUCUUUUA